AGGAGUGGUGUGUAUGUAAACUGGUACAGUCCAUAAAAUAAACAAACAUCAUCACGACCCAUUUACGAGUUGUAUAUCGAUUGACUGGAUAAAACCUCCAUUUUGCAAUUUGCCCAUACCCAUAUUUCGAAAUAUUGGAAAACUGUUAUAAAAGGAUUAACAUAAACAGAUUUAAACAGGCAAAAUAGAGGUCCAUCCGCAAAAAAUCGAAAUGGACGGAUACGGGAGUGGAAAGGACGAAAGAAAUGAGCCAGAUGGUGGCUUUGGUUGCUGUGGUUACGUUCUCAUGUUUUUCUCUAUCGUCAUUCUGAUUCUAUUUUUCCCAUUCUCUCUGAUUUGCUCGCUGAAGGUUGUACAGGAAUAUGAAAGGGCCGUUAUUUUCAGACUUGGUCGAGUUCUGUCUGGAGGGGCCAAAGGACCAGGUCUAUUUUUUCUGUUUCCCUGUGUGGAUACUUUCAAAAGUGUUGACUUGAGAACAUUUUCCUACGACAUCCCACCACAAGAGAUUCUAACCAAAGAUUCUGUGACCGUGGCAGUUGACGCAGUUAUCUACGCGCGCAUUUUCGACGCUACUAUGUCAAUCAUAAAAGUCGAAAACGCGCAUGCGUCGACCAAACUGCUAACAGCAACAACUUUGAGAAAUAUUAUGGGAACGAAAAAUCUUUCAGAAGUUUUGAGCGAUCGGGAACAGAUUGCACGUGCAAUGCAGACGACACUUGAUGAUGCAACAGAUCCCUGGGGUGUUAAAGUCGAACGUGUGGAAGUGAAGGACGUGCGACUUCCGGUACAGAUGCAGAGGGCUAUGGCUGCUGAAGCCGAGGCUGCUCGUGAAGCUCGUGCUAAGGUUAUCGCCGCUGAAGGAGAAAUGAAAGCCUCUCGUUCUCUGAAGGAAGCCGCCGACGUCAUGGCUGAAUCCCCGACGGCACUGCAGCUGCGUUAUCUGCAGACACUCAACUCUAUUGCUGCCGAGAAGAACUCGACCAUCAUUUUCCCUCUGCCCAUAGAUAUGAUUGGGGCUGCCUUGAGGCGUUAAAUUAUCACAUGAUCAAACUUCAACGUGAUGUGUACGUGUUACGUGCGUGAUAAGUGCUUUAUGAAGGAAAUAGAAACUCUGGGAUCUACUGAUAUGGCAUCUUCUUUUUAGUGUUUUGACCACUUUAGCUAUUUUUUUAAUGUAAUAAGUAUAGUGCUUAUCUGCACAGUUUUGAGAAAUGCAUCUUAGAAAUUAAACCUUUGAACAGAAGAUUAUCAGAUUUAUGUUCAGCACAAUCCACGAUAUAUAUUGUUUGAGCAUUGUUUUAAAAACGGAAAAAAUGCCAUAUAGAAUCAGUACAGCGUAUUGACGUUACGUUAACAUAACUAAGUUUUGUUUCUUUAUAUAUUGAUCAAUGAUGUAUAGUGUUGUAGUCUCAAAUGCGUGCGUAGGUAUGAUAUAUUGUGUAUUUCUUUAGUAUAAUCCAAACUUACAUUUCGACUUUUAUUCUGUAAAUGGUACAUUCCACAAUGGAAGAAUAAACAAUGCAUUUAUCCAAAUAUGAACAUCAAAAUUUUUUAUCAGAGACCAUACAUUCAUUUUACACAUGCAAGCGCAAAACCUUACAUGAGCGCACUACCCGUGAAACAUGUGCAGGUGAUACAGAAAUUUGAUCGGACAAAGACCAUAAUAAAAGCUAUUUUUAGACAAAUCAAUAUGGCCUGAUUUUUUUUUUAAAUAUGGCCGCCUAGUUGGGCAAUUGUAUAUCUAAGUACCUGCUGUGGAUAAACUGAACUUUUUAUCUUUCUACGUAUGUUGUUACCAUUUAAUGAUAUUAAAUUUGGCUAGGCUGACUGGCUUAGCUGAUUGCCCACUGGAUAGUUGAGAACGCAGUGGACUUCUUCAAAUGAUCUGGAUGAUACAAGUUUGAAGCUUGGUAGGACAAUGUUUUACUGUGGCGGUGUGAAUUACAUGCUUGGGAUACACCAAUCGUCCUGUCCCUCCCCCACCACCCCACUUCCUUGUCAUGGACAGAUGUUUGUGAUAUACCGUCAACAAAAAAUUCGAGAUAAUAAAUGUAUCGUUGUAGUAAAGAAGGGUAAAUUCAAAACCAUUUUUAUAAUUUCAAAAUACAACAUACUGUUGAUUGGUGUAAAAUUUCCUAAUGUAUAAUGCUUGUUUUUAUUCUCAGAAUGUCUGACAUUGUAAAUUUACAUAUUUAUAUAGUAAUAUUUCUAUAAUCAGUUCAAAUCCGUUACCUACUGUUGAUUGUGUGGCCUUCUCAUUGAUUUUCCUGUUGUUUUGUACAUUUCAAUACAUGGUCAUCAGUUCCUACAAGUAAGGAAAAAAUGCAUAGUACUUUAAAGAAAGUUUUAUUUUAUUAACUUCUAAAUUCAGAUUUGAAGAGAUAUUUAUAAUCAAAAAUCGUUUAUUAUCUACACAAAGUUUUAAUAUUUGAAUCCACACUCUGUUGCUUCUAUUCGGAUGAUGUAGGGUUUUAAUCUUAAAAAUCAUCUUGGACUGUUAUGUUUAAGUAUUUCGUGUACAUUGUUGCAAGAAAGAAUAGCUCAAUGCAAUUUUCUUU